UUCUAGAACGAUGCACAAUGUAUAUAUCCGUCUGGACACAUACACGAUGUGUAUAUGUUUCCCCCUUCGUGUUUGCGCGAAGUGGAGAGCUGAUCGCGAAGCGGAGUUUCUUUUUUCGUAUGGUUAUGAAUCUCUCAUCUCUUUCUCCAAAACCUACCAAAAAAUUCCGUUUCGAAACCUGGCCAUGGAAGAUAAGGCGUGAUUUUUUUUUUAAUUAGGGUUUAAAAAUAAAGGAAAAUUGUAUUUCUAUUUAUAUAUAAAAGACCCUUUAAAUGCCGUGGGAGAACUUAUAUAUACGCUUUCGCGAGGGUUUUUUUAUUGUGUGGCAAAAGAAGCGAAGAAAGGAGGGUUUGUUUAGGCGAGGGUCGAAAGAGGGCGAAAGAAUAUCUAGAAAUUGAUUUUUAGCGGUUUCUGACUGCGGAUUCGGCAAUUUUUUUGGGAUUUUUUCUUUCGGAUUCACUAUUUUGUUAGCUGUUCGUUGGGUGAGCUGACUUUUGGAGGGAGUGUAUAUGGGGAGUUAUGAUAGAGUUGACUUCUAUCGGAGGAAUAGAGAUUAUGGUGGUCUUUUAGAUGACGAUGGUGCAGCUGCUGAAGAGGCAGAACAAGAAGAGGAGUAUGAAGAUGAUGAGAGUGAUCAAAGGUCAGAAGAAGGUGGGAAGUAUGAGUCAGAUGAGGAUCCUGCAGUGGCCAGGGAACGCCAACAAUAUUUAGAGAGGAGAGCAAAAUUGAAAGAGCUUGAACGGCAGAAAUUAAAGCAAAAAUUAAAUGGAGUCUAUGGCAGGAAGGAUGACAUUGAUUCUGAAAGUGAAACAAAGAAAUUGCCAUAUGAUAACAGUUAUGGUUCAUUCUUUGGGCCAUCCCAGCCCGUAGUUGCAAGGAGAGUUAUUGAAGAAACACGUGCAAGGCUGGAGGCUGCAAAAGUUGCAGCUAGAGUUGCCAAAGAGAUUCCAGAAAAGUCUCAUGCAGUUGAGUCUGAUACAAGAUAUGAAGAUAUUGCACCACCUAAGGCUUCUGUAAGUGAGGCAAAGAAGAAGGCACAAAAAUUAAGAGAGGCAAGGGAUUAUUCCUUCCUAUUUAGUGAAGAUGCAGAGAUUCCUGGAACCGAAACUAAAACUGAUAAGUCAUCCAGGCAGGGUACCGAUAAUGGCCAGCAAAUUCAGACAAAUUCAAAACAUUUAACAUCACUGAAGAAACCUGCAAUAUCUAGCAAGCAAAUGCACUCUAUGAUGGAUGCUAAAGGUGCAGUAAAGCCACCUAGACAAUUGCCUUCCAAGGUGGGAACACAAGCAAAAACACCAAGUGCUAAGCCAAGACCGCUGUCUGAUCCAAGAAAGGAAAUGAGUAAGGUAGGAUCUGGUUAUGGUAGGCCUGCUCUUCAGGGGAAUGGUUCUUUACAACGCAGUGUGAACAAUGCUGCUAUUCAGGGGAACGGUUCGCUACAACGCAGUGCGAACAAUGCAGUAAUUAUGAAUGGUGCAGAGAGUAAUAAGAAAAAGGCUCCUUCGAUGAUUUCUAGCAAAGCUAGAAAUGAUGAGCUUCAAAGGUCAACAAUGCAACGUCCUACAAGUGUGCAGAAACCACCCCUGUCAAAGGCUCCAAUGCAAAAGCCCCAGCUAGAGCAAAGAAGGCCUUCAGCGUUGGCAAAGCCAUCACCCAAACUUGUGAACAAAUUUGAAGCAAGGUCAGCAGUGAGGCCAGCACCAAAACCUGCACCAAGACCAACACCUAAUCUUCCACCUAAGCCUCAAGUGAAGCCUGCAAGGCCCCCUGUGUCACGCAACUUGCCCGAUGAGCGUCCCAAGAAGAGGAUUAGAGAUGAAGAUUUUGAUGAUGAUGAUAAUGAUGGGGGAAACUAUAGAAGCCUUAUCAGACAGAUGUUUGGGUACAAUCCCAAUAAAUAUAGGGAUAUUGAUGAUGAUGACAGAGCCAUGGAGGUUGGUUUUAGCACAAUUCAGAAUGAAGAGAAAAGAAGUGCAAGAAUUGCCAGAGAGGAGGAUGAAAGAGAAUUGGCACUGAUUGAGGCUGAGGAAAGGGAAGAGAGACUUAGGGCCAAAAAGCGUAAGCUGCAAAAGAAAUAGUUAUGGGUUAAAUUAGAUCAAGAUUACUAUUUCCAUGCCGACAGAAUCGGUUGGCAGAAUGGCAACUGGAUUUUUUGCUCUAUUUGACAAUCAUCAUGGAAAUCUAGUCCCAAGAAAAGAGAUUUUGAGGGAUGACUUUACCUUGUGUUGUGGGCCAGUGUGAUGGCUGGCCACAAAAGAAAAUGCAUUCUGAUCAAAAGAGAUGCUGAAUGCCUGCAUUCGGCGUCACAAUAAGAUACAUUGAAUCAUUGGCAUGGCAAGGAUCAAUCCUAACCUGUACAAAGUUCUUGAGCUGGCUUGAGGUGAUCAAGAUAAUCUUCCUAUGCAACGUUUCCUGCCAUGUCUGGUGCCCAUUGGGGUUCACUUGUACAAGAGAAACAUCAUCCACAAAUACACAUGCUCCCUUGAUUUGUUCUUUCCAUUAGUAAAUUCUCCAUGGGAAACAUCAAUUUAUUGUUUUCAUGGAUAUGCAUUUAGUUAUGGGCUCUUGCAGUAGCUAGCAAUUACAAGUCCAGCUCAUUGGGUUUGUUUGUUUGAAAGAGCUGCAAGUACUACUUUGACUGUGCUUUUUAAAUUGUGCUCUUUGCAGGUUGAUAAUGUCUUGUAAUUAUAUUUGUUUCAUAUUUAUAAUUCUUUCUUAGGAUCAAACAACUUCAUUUAAUACAAAUGGGUUUUUGAUUCUACUAUUUUUUCCCUUCCUGAUUCUGAUUCCAUAUUAUCAAUAUAAAUAUGGUUUUGGAGAGAAUCUUUGAAAUUUGAAAGUUAUCCUAUGCUGAAAGAAUCAUGAAAAUUUGUGUAUUUAUGUGCAUCAUUUAUUAAUAUAAAUAUGGUUCUGGGGGGAGAAUCUUUGAAA